CUCGGUAAGGAUUAACCACGAACAGUUUUAAAAAACAUAUCUGGUUUUCCGUCCGAUCUUCUCGUAAAUUAGAUUUAUUCAGUAUAUUAUUAUUGGAUAAGUGUCUGUGCACAUGCACUGGUAAGGCUUGAUGUUUUAGAGAGGAGAGCGCGGUUUGUUAAAGUGUUUUCUUUGUUUGUCGAUUCAUAUCCUUGAAGAACAAAUAAUCAACGCCAAUUUCUCAAUGGCUGAAAACAACUUUCCUCCCCUGCCUGGUUUUGUUCCACUGAGGCCAUGCUUCUACCAGGACUUUGAGGAGAUCCCCGACCAGCACCGCACCAUGUGCAAGAGACUCUACUACUUGUGGAUGUAUGAUCCCUGUAGCUGAUCCCACCAAAGUGUAUUGUGCCACCUUGCUGGUGAAUUUCUUCGGCUGUUUGGCGUGGAUGUUUGGAGGUGGAGGAGUGACUAACUUUGGCAUGUCGAUCAUGUGGGUCAUUGUCUUCACCCCGUGUUCCUAUGUCUGCUGGUUCCGACCCAUUUACAAUGCGUUCAAGACUGACAGCUCGUUCUAUUUCAUGGCUUUCUUCUUUGUCUUCAUGGCACAACUUUUCAUUUCCAUAAUACAAGCCAUUGGUAUUCCAGGAUGGGGUGUCUGCGGCUGGUUGGGCACCAUCUCCUUCUUUGGCACGAGUAUCUUAGCUUCCAUCAUUAUGCUAAUCCCCACGAUCAUGUUCACCGCAGUUGCUGGCAUUUCAUUCUUCGUCCUCACUAAGGUUCAUAACUUUUACCGGGGCAGUGGGGGCAGUAUGAAUAAAGCUCAGGAGGAGUGGGUUUCUGGGGCCUGGAAGAAUCCUCACGUUCAGCAGGCAGCUCAACAGGCAGUUCUGGGGGCCGCCACAGGGGCCGCGCAGGGCCCUCCUUCACCUCAGUACUCCACACCCACUUAUGAUAAUAAAGUGUAAUAUAGUUAAAAUAAUUCAUUAUGAAUGAAACUCCUUGUUGGGUUAUGAGACGAUGCAACUGAAAAAUGUUGGUGAAAGGUUAAAUCGGCCGUGUGAUGUUGUAAAAACCAAGUAGUAUUUUUUUAUUUAACAUUUCUGAUCCGUCUUUGUUUUGUAGCUUUUAUGUCAAUACAUGAUUAAAGGAACAGUUCACCCAAAAAUAAAAAUCUUCUUUUACUCACCUUCAAGUUCUUCCAAAUCUGUAUGAA